CAUUUUAAAAUUUCAAUGGACCGUGCGGAUAUCCCGCUGGCGCUGCGUGUGAUUUUUGGCGGGGAAAUACAUCUUCUAUAUCAAGACUGUGUAAACUGUCGAAGUGUCAAGUGCAAGAAGUGAACUAGGGUUUCGUGUGAGAUCAAUGGAGAACUCCCGAAGAAGUAAUAGAGGAAUCGAAGAGAAUACAUUAGCUAUCUUCGACUCCUCCGGAGUUAAGGACGCCCGAGACGUUAAUGACGAUAGAUUGGCAUUUCUUGAAGCUGUUCGCGCUUCUUCGAUCGUUCCACAAAUUGGAACUGCUCCAACCAGCAAAAUGUUGAAUGCAAUAUUUCAGAUCCUCAAAGAUGGAACAUCUCUAGAACUGAUCAUGGCAAGUUACCAGCUUCUAAUUGAAUUAGAAAAGCGAUUUCCUCGUGUUUAUUUAUCUAAGUUUGAUAUACCCAAAUCAUCUUCUGGUGCAACGGUUGAACUUAUUGUGAUUAAUGAGGCUUGGUCUCCCUUUGCACUUGGCUCAGAAAGUGCUUAUUCUGAAAGAAAUUUGGCUAACAGAAGCUCGGAUGAACUGCUUGAUUCCUUGGGGUUUUCUCUUUUACUACAAGGCAUUGCUCAGCUCUAUAAUGAAAUGAAUUUGCAAGUUCUUGACACAAAGUCCUUGGGGAACAUGUUGUUGUUUCAGUUUCUUGUUAAUGUUCUUGAAGGGGAUUUCUUACCUCGUAAUACAAUAUAUAAUGAAACCAAGAAUUGGGUCUUUCUCAGAGAAUCCUUGCUCAGCAUGCUUCUGGGUUCAAGAAGGAUAAGCUACAAAAGCCUAAUCAAGGACUGCCUGUCGAUAAUAUCUGAAAGAUGCCGAAAAGAUUUGGAAAAUUCAUCAAUAAAAACAGUAGACAAUAGUGAUGCUGCUGCUUUGGGAAUUGCCUUGGCUGAACUAGAAAGAGGAACUUGUAUUGCUGUGCAGAAACUCUUGGUGCUGAUCAUGGAACUUGAUAAGUCAAAGAAGCAAGCAGAUAUGCAAGGUUCUACUUCCAGAUCUGAUGGUUCUAGAAUCCCUCUCAUGGAGGUAAUUCUGGAUGAACUUACUUAUGAUGAAGAUCUUCUUAGCUCAUUUCUCCAGGUUUUUUGUGAUCCUAAAUGGAGGUUGGAAAUAAUAUUACAGUAUUUUUCAAAGUACCUGACAAAGCCUUCUGUUCGCACAAGGAAGUCAAAUAAUUCCUCAGAUGAUGCAACAUUUCAUGGUGUUCUGAAGUGCUUCUCAAAUGUUACAAGCGCAAAAAGCAUUGUCAAGAAGAUGAGUAUUGAAAUAGCUCAAUUGUUGCUAGCAAAUGGCUUCAAUGCUUUUAUAUCCCUACAAGAAGCUGGGGGCAUCUCUGUUUUGCAAAUAUGCAAAGAUAUAGUUUCUGCUUUUCAUAAUCUCAGAAUUAUAGAUGAUAUUGAUAGGCAAUUAUGUACCAGAACUAGGGCAAUAAGACAUGGAAGGACAAUAUUAUAUUUUCAUUGUGGAAAGCACACCAAAUCAUUCCAUUUUUGUUGACAUGGAGGAAAUAACCCAACUUGGAAGCAUGCUUUUCAAUUCGAAUUGAUUCUCAUCAAUAAUUUAUCCUACCACCUUGUGACAAGUUAUGUGUUACUGAUCUGAUAGUUAGGUUAUUAAACUGUUUGCUUACCAUAACUCUGGUAUCACUAAUUUAGGUUUGACAAAAGUGCUCAACUGAAUUACAUAAUUGUUGCUAUGAAGAUCAGGCGCAGUAUUGAUUUUAGUACGAAAUUUGUAUUCCCAACUGUAAUGUUUUUAUUCUAUUUCCUUGGAUUCUCUUUAAGAACUCAAUGAUUUUCCUUUUCUUAUUUAUGGGGGAAGGGGUGAAUCGGUGAUGAUGAUCUGCUCCUCGAAGUAGCUUGGGAAUAAGGACCUUGGAUAAAGGCCUGACACCCAGUCCCAAUUAUUAUUCCUGAUCAGUAAGUUCCCAAUUUCUGAUGAUAUCUUAAGGCUGGGCUGUGUGAAGAAAUUGGAGAUGGAAACCCGAGUACCCAAUGAGACACUGAGACCAUGUAAAGAAGAUGAUCAACAGCUUCAAGGGCUCAAUACUUUGGUCUUCUAUGGGCCUCAUCUUGCUUAUGUUAUUACUUUGUAUAUUAUGCAUUUUGUGUGUAGACAUGCCUAAGGGAUUCUCUCUAAUGUCGUUUGGUUUCGUGGUAACAAUGUAUGUGGCCCUCGAUUUGUACAUGCCAUCAUUGCACAGGGCCUCAAUUUGCCUCUCCCCCCCCCCUCUGCACGUGUGCACGCACACACACACACACACA